AUGAGUGCUAAUCAAUUGGAAAUUCAUUCCAUCGAAAAUGGUGGAACAACCACGGGUCGAUCCGACGGAAAAGAAGUGAAUCCUCCUCAUCAUCGUACAACUAUAUUGAAAGAAUCUGAAAUUAAAUUUGGUUGGAUUGAAGGAGUAUUUAUACGAUGUGUUCAAAAUAUUAUCGGUGUGAUACUUUUUCUGCGUAUUACUUGGGUUGUUGCCCAAGCUGGUGUCAGUGAGUUUUGUUUGUUUUUCUGCUCCAUUUUCUAUUUGUUUUUUCCCAUUUUAAUAUCAUUUUCUGCCUUUUUGAAGUCAUUUUCCAUAAUCGGCAUUUGA